AUGUACUCCAACCCCUCUUCCUCGCUCUCCCUCUCCAUUUUCUCCGCUUCCCUCCACGCUAACAACCUGGGCGGCGGCGCACAAACGGGAUACCUUCCCUGUCUCACGGCGAUGGUUUCGAGGCAGCUCACGGCGCAGCUCUCUUUAAUUCGUCCCAUAUUUCAGAAGUCCGCCAGCCUUUUCGACUGUCCCGCCAUGGCGUCCGAUCCGGUAGACAUCAAGCUGGACCUCGAGAAGGAGUGCCUGGCGAACGAGUGUGCCAAGAAGGUGGUGGCGUACAACGCGUGCCUGGAACGCAUCAAGACGGUCAGCCCCGAGAAGGAGCCGCACUGCUACAACCAGUACUUUGCCAUCGUGCACUGCGUAGACGUGUGCGUCGACCCGAAGCUGUGGCCGACGCUCAAGUAA